AUGAUAAACAUGAUUGAUUCCAUUUUUGCACUUGUUCUCAUUUCUGUUGCUUCUCCCGCUUUGUCAGUUGGCAUCUACGAGCAAUGUGGUGGCGAGGGCUAUACAGGUCCGACCAACUGUAAUUGGCCUCUUGGAUGCUUUCGCCGAUCUCGUUGGUUCUCAUCGUGUCAAACAAGUUGCCCGGGAACGGACUGGGAAUGCUCAAGUAUGGAAGGCUACUCGAGUGGCGCAGGCUUUGCAAAAGCAUGGGAACAAUGUGGCGGAGAAGGAUGGACAGGGCCACAAAUCUGCUCGCAAUAUUCAUGUCAAUGGCGCUCUCAAUGGUAUGCUCAAUGUCGGCCUGAUUGUCCUGACGAAUGGCUAUGUCAAGGUGAUGGAAGCUCCUCGACACAAGAAUCCACUCAUUCAUCUGUGAGUGCCACUCCUUAUCCGACCACAAUAGCAACAACUGUAUCAAGUAGUGGUUCAUGUAAAUGUUGUUUCGUAUUAUUAAGUCCCACUUGUCAGACGCGUUCAAUACAAUCAUGCUCAGAGUGCACUGCUGACUGGUGUGCAAAGAAUAUGGGAUUUUGUGCUGGAAGUAUACCACCUUGCUAUGCAAGAUGCACUGCUUGA